AUGGAAGAACUAAAGAAUUUCAAACCUAUUGAUUUAUAUGAAAAAUUACGUUUGAGUGAUAAUGAUUUCGAUGCAUGGCUUGAGAAGCUUGGACUUCUUCAUGGAAAGAGAACUUGCUACAAAUGUGGGGGUCGAACAACAAUAAGUGUUAAGAAAGACGAAAGAUAUGGAUGUUGGCGGUGUACAACCAAAAAUUGUAGAGCAAGACAAGGGAUGUUCUCUUGUUUGGAAUUUGGAAAAGUCAACAAUCCUGUUAUUCAGAAUAUUUAUGAUCUUUACAGUUUUCAACUAAUCCCAGUCAUUGGACAACUUUUAGUUGGUGAUUUUAAUAGUUACAAAUAUUUGGUUGAAAGUAUUCGUGUCUUUCCUGAUCAACAAAAAUUCUCAAAAAUGGUUAAAGAAGCAGGUUUUAAUAAUGUUACUUUUGAAGAAUUAAAUUUUGGAAUUUGUAAUAUUUAUUGUGGAAGUAAAUAA